GAUUUUUAUCACCAUCAGCCAAAAUUGUGAACAAUCAAAUUAUUUAAUUGAUAAAAAACCAGGCCAACGAAAAUAUUGAAUAACCCAAAAGAAAUAACCAGAAAUGCUAACAUUAAUCAUAACAUUAUUGAUCAUACAAUUGAUCAUAUUGAUAUUAUAUCUUGGCCUAGCAUCAGUUGGACAUAGAUUUUUUAUCCAUCAAAUUUAUGUUAGUAAUUUAUUAAAAUUAUUUGAAUAUGGACAACGUGGUGUUGAACGUAUUAAUCAACAAUUACAACAACAAAAACGACGACGUCGUCAUAGUCAACAACAACAACAAAAUCAACAACAACAACAACAACAUGGCCUUAAACGAACUGAAUCACAAGAUUCAACUGAUCGUAAUUCAACAACAUCAUCAUCAAUGGAUUCAGAUUAUAAUACGGAUAGUGCAUUUAAUUCGGAUUCCGAUGAUAAUAGUGAUAAUGAAGUGCCCGAAAGUUUUCGAAAAAAUUGUUCAAUGACAUUAAGAUUAUGUGAAACACAAAAUCGUUUACAAUUAUCAACAGUAAUGGAUUUUACAUCGCUUGGUAUUGAAGCAAUAAUUGAUGAUGCUGUAACAAAACGUUUUGCAGCUGAAGAAUUAAAAACAUGGAAUCUAUUAACACGAACGGAUAAUUUUUCACAUUAUCGAUCAUUUCGUUUAGCAUUUAUAUGGUUAUGUGGUUUUCUAUUUCGUUAUCUGAUAUUAUUUCCAACACGUUUUUUCAUAUUUAUUAUCGGUUUCGGUUGGUUAACAUUUGUUUGUACUUUUCUUGGUCUUUUACCGGAUAUUCGUUUUCGUAAAACAAUACAAUAUUAUCUAUUAAUACAUGCAGCACGUAUAUUAUCACGUUCAUUUGGCAGUAUUAUCAAUUAUCAUGAUGAAGAAAAUAAAGCUAAACCUGGAGGGAUUUGUGUUGCUAAUCAUACAUCACCGAUUGAUGUUAUUAUUUUACAUUGUGAUAAUUGUUAUUCACUUAUUGGACAAUCACAUAAUGGAUUUCUUGGUAUAUUACAGCGUAUAAUUUCUCGUUCUUCUGAUCAUAUUUGGUUUGAUCGUUUUCAAAUUAAUGAUCGUUUAGCUGUAUCACGUAGAUUACGUCAACAUACUGAAGAAAAAAAGAUGCCAAUAUUAAUUUUUCCUGAAGGAACUUGUAUAAAUAAUUCGGCUGUAAUGAUGUUUAAAAAAGGUAGUUUUGAAAUAGGUGCUACCAUAUAUCCAGUUGCAAUAAAAUAUGAUGCACGUUUUGGUGAUCCAUUUUGGAAUUCAAGUAAAUACGGUUAUCUACGUUAUUGGAUGAUGAUGAUGACAUCAUGGGCAAUUGUAUGUGAUGUUUGGUAUUUACCACCAAUGACACGUCAAUCAAAUGAAUCAGCCAUUGAAUUUGCAAAUCGUGUAAAAGCAAAAAUUGCAUCAACAGGUGGUUUAGUUGAUCUGGAAUGGGAUGGACAAUUAAAACGACAACCAGUUAAACCAGAAUGGAUUAAACAACAACAAUGGAAAUUUAGUCAAACAUUAUUAUCUGGUUUGGAUAAUAAUAAUGAUAAUUUGGAUUAUUAUCAUCAAGAUGAUAAUAAUAAUCAACAACAAAAUAGCCAUAAUAAUUGUGAUAGAAAUGAAAAUUUCAUUUAUACAAAUUUUGAUGUUCAAUCAGCCAAAGUAAUCAAAGCUCGAAUCCAUCAUCAACAACAACAAGAAGACGAUGAUGAAUCGGGUCCAUUAAAAAUGAAAGAAUUGUGAUAAAAAUUCAAAAGCCGUACUCAAACGCACAUUGAACAAAUUUUCAUCAUCAUCAUCAUC